AUGGCGUCUGCGACAUCACGUUAUCCGAUAAAACCAAAAACAUUAACAUUACUUGAAUUAUGCCGAUCGUUUCAUGAUUUCCGUCAUCCACCACCAUCAUUAUCAUCAUAUCAAUCACAACUAUCACCAACAAAUGCACAUAUUCUUACUCGACGUAUCUAUCUUCAUCCGUUAACAUUAACUCCAUAUUCAAAACAACAACAACAACAACAAUCACUUAAAAGUGCUUCUAAUAAUUCUUUUCCAACGUUAGACAGUGACACGCGUCAUCAAUUAAAUUAUAAUAGAAAUCGUGAGCUACAUCAUGUAAAAAAUAAAUCAGCAUUCAAUGGUCUCGCUGUUUUAUCCUCAUCGGCUCCAAUAAGAACACGUGUGAAGAUUAAAUCUGAUACUCGACACUCGCGAGAUAAAGGAUUAGUCAGUAUUGAAGAUGAAAUCAAUAAUGAUUUCGAGAACAGUUCAACAGCGUUUUCUUCCAACCAAUUUAGUUUACAUUCAAUUACUCGCGGUACAUUAUCAAGUACACAUACGAAAUGUACUCGCCCAGCUUGCAUUUUAAAUCAUCAGAAGGCUUAUUUGAAAUUGGAUCGUUGGGAUAAAGUUGAUGCAUGGAAUCAUCUAGAGCAAAUAUUAGAACGGCCCAUACCAGCUGAUCCACCGACAACACCAUUUCAUAUUAUUUCAGAUGUGAAUAACGAAUAUGAUGAAUCACCUAAUCCAUAUUUGAAUCAUAAUUUUAUACAGGAAAUUAAGAUCUAUAAACGAAAUCCUAUUCGAAAAUUAACAAUGGAACAAGAUACUGAUACUGAUGAUGAUGAUGAUAAUACUGAUGAUUAUUAUAUUUAUAAUAAGAAUUAA